AUGCAGCGUGCCGCCACGACCUGGAGCCAUUCGCCUCACUACAUCUGCUCGUGCGUGGUGAUGGCCGCACCUACCUCUCCACUCUGCGCACUGAGAGGUGAGUGGGGGGGCCAGCAGGCAGCGAGGAGAACACAUGGCAGGGUGGGGAUGUGCAACCUUAUAGCUCUCUCUCCCCGCCCCUCUCCCCCUCUCUGCCCUGUCCUCCCUGCUCCUCACGUCUCCUCCCUUCUCCUGCCCUACUUCUCCCCUCUCCCUAUCAGCUGCGCACCGAAGGGUGGGUGGGCGGGCCAGCGGGCAGUGAGGAGAACACAUGGCAGGCGUUCCUGCCCUCGCCACGAGGGCGGUGGGGAGUGGUGCAGCCAGCGGGCAGUGAGGAGAACACAUGGCAGGCGUUCCUGCCCUCGCCUCGAGGGCGGUGGGGAGUGGUGCAGAGGGCAGGCAGUGAGGAGAACACCUGACGUGGAAGGUCAGGGUGGCGAGGAGAAGCGUCAAGGGGGCUGCUCAAUCAACCUCUUCUCUCUCUCCCGCUUUCCUCCCCUGAUUCAAGAUGUUUCGUUUCCCCCUCCCCCCUCCUCCCUUCCCUCCCCCUCCUCCCCUCUCUUCCAGACCUGGAAAGGCGGGAUUCCCCUGGCCAGCUACCGCCUUACAUGGAAAGGCAGGGUGGUGGGCGGCGGUGGGGGAGGAAGAGAGGGAGGAGGGGGCAGUGGUGAUGGAGGGAUGGAGAUGAAUGCGCGGAGAGUGGUGGGCAUGGGGAUAUCAGUCAACAUCAGCACCCCUCCCAUGCACUCUCCGCAUCUCAGUGCCACUGCCCCGCUCACACAUCCUCCUCACAUUGCUCCAGCCACUCCUGGUGGUGAUACUGCUGCGGCGGGCGGUGAUUUUUGUCCUGAUGGUGCUGACGUGGAGUCUGAUGCGUUUCCAGUGCAUGGCGAGGGCCCGUUUAGACUGGAGGUUGCGUGGGUCAAGGCUGUCAGGGAUGGUGCUUGA